AUUUCGGCACCGCAGCCUUCCCAGCGGCACUGGGCUGUGCUCGGCACUGCUGCCCGUCUCCAGGGGGAUCAGUGUCGUUCCCGGAGCUGUUCCCGUUCCCCUCACGGCUCGCUGGCGCCGGGCGCCGCCGCUGCCCCUCACGCCGGGGCGGUGGCGGCCGCCGCGCUCCCGCCCCGCCGCGUCACUGCCGGAGCGGCCCAACAUGGAGCCCGGCGGCGGCGGGGACGCGCUGCCGAGGCUGCGGCGCCCGGGGCGGCGCGGGCCGGAGCCCCGGGAGCCCCGGGAGCCGCAGGAGCCGCAGCCGCCUGGCCGGGGCGGCGGGACGGCCGAAGAGUCUACAGCUGUAGAGAAGACGAUGAGGCCUCUUAACAGACUGAACAUUCAUUCUGCAUUCUGGAUUUUGGCAUCAAUAGCUGUGACAUACUACUUUGAUUUUUUAAAAAACAUUAAAGAAACUAUGCAAACAGAUAGCUGGUGGCUUUCCUGUGGCACUUGUUUACUGGCUGCAUGUUUAGCUAUUGCCUUUUACUGCAUACUGUAUCUCGAGUGGUACUGUGGAAUUCAGGACUAUGAUGAACAGUACCCUGCACUCAUUCCUGUCACAACAGCUACCUUUAUAGCAGCAGCAAUUUGUUUCAAUGUUGCCUUGUGGCCUGUCUGGUCAUUUUUGACACCUGUGUUGCUCUUCAUUCAGUUCAUGGGUGUUGUGAUGCUUGUGUCACUCCUGGGAUAAGCCCUUCAGCUUCGUGUGAAGGACUCAAGUAACUGCAGUCCUGCAAAGUGUAUGUCACUUUUGUUACAUUCCAGUACUUCUGUUGUUUCUGAUACUGCCUGUUUGCUCUAAUACAGUAAUUCUUAAUCUACCUGAUUAGUAAAUCAAUGAACAUAACCAUAGGAAAAAGCAACUGAUUAGUGACUAAUUGGAAGAUAAAUAGGUUUUACACAUCUUAGUUACAUGAGGCCUUUCAUUUUGUAAAGCUUCUAUUUAUAUUUGAAUAUUAAGGACAUGGGUAGUAAGUAUUAGCACCAUAGAAUAGUUAGUGUUGAAAGGGACCUUUAAAUAUAAUCUCUGGGGGCCUCAGAGGUCACCUACUCAAACUUCCUGCUCAAAUCAUGUUGUUUGAUUUGGAAGUAAGUGAUACUUAAGUCAAAUGUUGUGGGAUUUUAAUACUAUAUUAUUUCCAUGUACUGUUAUCUGGAACCUAUGUUUGUACUUGUAAACUUACUUAUAGGAGACAUUUCUUGAUCUGUUUAAAAAAGUGUGGAUGGGGUAAGGGAAAGCUGGUUGACAUUUGGCAGUGCCAUUUGUUAAAUAAAUAAAUUCUGCUUGUGCUCGUACAGUUUGUCCACAGCCAAAGGUGGAUGAUCAAGCUGUGAAUGACCAGCAAUACAGUGAACAAUACUAACACUACACAAGAAAUUUGGAGCACGCAUUAAGUUCUUUUGAUGUAUGCACUGUUUUUCAGUAUUCAGGUUGUUUCUUCUCUGUAAAUUAAUUUUCAUUUUUAGCAGUGCCUGUUAAUGAAGUUGCCAUUUUUUCUUCCUCAGCAGUGAAGUGGCUGAUAUUAAAUUAAAAGGUACUAGUUAUACUCAGUUGGGAAAAUAAAAUAACAUGUUAUUUUUAUUAGGUGUCUGUUCAUGUUGACUGAGAUACUUAAACUGUCUGAAGACCUGGGCACGAUCUAGUUGCUAGACCACUUUAUGUAGAUCCUUGUGGAAAUACUUUUCCACCCAUGCCUUUUGGAAAAUAGGAGAAUGUAGAAACUGAAUAUUGAAACUUGUUAAAAUCUACUCCUUGUGAGUGUUGCCUAAAGUCUGGACUGUCAAAGGAUACUGUGUUCUUCCAAAUUCACACCAUUGCUGAACACAUGGAAUGUUUACUAAUGAAAGAGAUAUACAUUGUCUUUGGCUGUUACUGUUAUAUUAAUGAAAAAGGUUUUAACCUAAUAGUAUGUAAUACAAAGGAUAAGACAAAGCAAAAUAAAGUGCAUUCAGCACUAGUUGAAGUAGCUUGUAGGAUAAGUUAACAACUCGAUUUGUUUAAAUGCAAUAUUUAAGUUUGCCAAAACCAGUCAUGCUUCACAUCUUUAAAGUGUAAGUUGCUUAUCUUCAGGUCUUCAUCUUUUAAAAGGUUUUAACUAUUUUAUGUCUGCAUACAUAGGUACAUUUGAGUAACUUUAUUACAAUAUUUAAAAUGCAGUAUUGCUCAGGGAUAGUUAUUAUAGCUGUAUUUUUAUUUGUCAGCUAUAUAAAUGCUCUAGGUGUUUUAAGUUGCCUUAUGAUCUAAAUUAAAAUUACUAUUUGCUACAUGAUUUUUCAAGUUCAUUCUUCUGAACAUCUUAAUAAACUUUGUACAAAAGUGA